AAAUUUAUUUCGUUCUUUCCUUUAACCAUUCGGUCCUAAGGCAUCGACGUAUUGAUCCAUCUAAAAAUUUAGUGUUUAGUUUAAAAAAAUAAGUUUUACUCUAAAAUAAAGUAAUAAAUAGACUUGUUUAAGUCUUUAUAAAACUAAUACACAAAAAUCAGAAUAAAUCACAAUGAGCUCGGGAGGAACUCGCGUGUACGUGGGCGGUCUAGUUGAAGGAAUCAAAAAAGAAGAUUUGGAACGGGAAUUCGAUAAAUAUGGCAAAUUGAACUCUGUCUGGGUCGCACUUAACCCCCCAGGUUUCGCUUUCAUAGAAUUCGAAAACAUGCAGGAGGCGGAGGAUGCUUGUAGCGCGAUGAACGGUUUCGAGAUGCUAGGCGCGACAUUAAAAGUAGAAUUAUCGAGAAAACGUGACGGUCCCCGCAGAGGUUUCCGCGGCGGCGGCCGCGGCGGAAACUUCGGCGGGCGAGGCGGUGGUGGCCGCUCUUUCGGUGGCUCCGGCGGUGGUAGCAGACCCUAUAACAAUUACGGUGGUGGUGGUCGCUCCUUCAACCGCAAUGGUUAUGGGUCAGGCAACAGAGACAACGGCAGAUCCAGGUCACCCAUCGGUCGAUUUUAAUUUAAUUGUAGUUUUUAGUUAGGUUUAAUGUUAAUUGUAAUCUGAAGCCUUCCGAGUGUUAAAAAAUCAAUGUUCGUCUAAUACUGGGGGUUUAAUGCUAGGAAGAGUUCUGUCGAUGUCUUAGGACUUAGAGAUCCCUUUAUCUUUAAUUACUUAUAGUCGUCGUAUCAAAAUGAAGAAGAACAACAACCUUCAGUGUAUCUUUAACAUUGUACCUAAGCACUUUAUGGGCUAAGUUUCAUUAUGUAUAAUAAUUAAAACACAAAUGAAUUCCAA